AUGGCAGCCUCUGAAGACCUGAUUGACUUCGACAUCAUUGAAGCACAGAAGGAAAACGUUCAAUCACUCCCCGGCGGCCGAUCAGCAAGAGAGCUCGCGCGAAUCUUCUCAGCGGGCAGCAACGGCGACAAGACAGCAGCACCAUCACCAAACGAUACGAGAACCCUGACCGAUGGCAUCCGCCAGGAAUAUGAGAGCGAGCUACAGGCAAUAGGGGAGUCUGAUGAUCCUCUCGACGUGUAUGACCGCUAUGUGAAAUGGACCCUGAACGCGUAUCCGUCAGCACAAGCCACGCCCGAGUCCGGUCUCCUACCGUUACUGGAGCGCGCGACAAAAUCGUUCUUGGCCUCGCAGCACUACAGGAACGACCCUCGGUAUCUACGCUUAUGGCUCCAUUACAUCAGACUUUUCUCGGAUGCUCCUCGUGAAACGUUCGCGUUCCUCGCGCGUCAUCACAUCGGUGAGGGACUAGCCCUCUUCUACGAAGAGUUUGCCGGGUGGCUCGAGGGCGCUGGACGCUGGACCCAGGCCGAUGAAGUAUACCGGCUUGGUAUGGACUGCGAGGCACGGCCGGUCGAGCGGCUCGCGCGAAAAUACGAUGAAUUUCAACAACGAUACGAGCAAAGACCACAUGACGCCGGUCCUUCCUCACCUGCUUUACCAACCGUCCGUCCCGCGCUGGCCGCCAAGAUGGAUCCCUUUGCGCCCUCGGGCGCUUCUGAUGACCCCCAGGCCUCACGGCCGUCUCCUAACAUGGGAGGCGCCUCGAAGACCAAGUCCGGCAAACCCAAGAUGUCCAUCUUCUCCGACGCCGACUCCCCCUCAGCCGACCAACCCGCAACCAGUGGCCAGACCAAGGGAUGGGAGAGUAUUGGAUCGAUCAAAGAACGCAAGAAGGAGAACGAGAUGGAGGCCAAACCCUGGGUCGGCGAGACAUUGAAGGCAGGGAAAAAAUCUGGCCCGGCUCAGAAAAUGGCCAUUUUCAGGGACGAGUCAAAAUCAAAUCUUCCUACCCAAAAACCAUUGCAACAACAACCCAAACAAGUACCAGAGCAUCAUGUAAGGGAAGCGGUCAACCCACGAACUGGCCGACGUGAACGGGUCUUCGUCGACCUCGAAUCCGUAUACCCCGACCCAAGCAACCCGACGCAUGAGGUGAGCUUUGAGGAACUGCGGGCUCUCAAGCGCGGGUGGAUGAACAAGAAUUGGCGUUCACAGAAGGAGCCGCUGCAACAGAUAUCAGGCAACGCUGGUGGCGUUGAUGUCCAGUCCGGAAAGCCCAAACCAUCUCCUGUCGACGAGGAAUUAAUGGUGCGGGAGGACCGGCAUUCCCAAUCACACGACCAGGAAGGGAUGCACGAGGGCAAGUCAGGAAAAUCCAGACGGUUGAAGGUCAAGGAGGUGAAGGGAGAGACACAGACCGUCAAAAUGAAGUUCGACUCGCCCACGGGCUCCAAAGUACGACGGAAGAGCACCGCGGAGCCAACAAUGACCAUCCACACUCGUGCUGCUACAGAUGAAAUCUAUAGCAUCUUCAACCAGCCCUUGAAGGCCGAAGCAGAUGAUGGAGCUGAUAGCUUGUGCGGCAGUGACUAUGAAGACGAUGACUACACAAGCACUGCAGAUAGUACGGGGACCGGACGCAUCUCGGUAGCCUCGAGCGACUUUGGUGACGAGGAGACGCAAACCUUCCACAAGUCCUUCGAUGAUACCGAUUUUGCCGACAACACACGGGCUGAGAGUGUUGCAGGCAGUGAUUGGUCCGAGUUCAGUGCGAGUCGAGAUGUCCCGAGUGUCGAGCCUGAGACGACUUCUCACUCCGUUUACAGUGAGGGUGCGCCAAGCAGUUCUGCUCAUGGAACACCUGAGAGGGACCGGUUUGUCCCGGAAAUGCCUGAAGACUAUGACCCGCCUUGUGGCCUAUACCGGGAUCCGGCCAUCAUGGCGCAAAACCGGCUGCCAUUCAUGACUCCGAUUGUGGAACAGACCGAGUCCUCCCUCCCCUCGAUGACAGGUGCUCGAAGCAUUGCCUCCAGUGCGAAGACUCCCUCCAAGCCAAUAAUGCCUCGGAUGGGUGAUCUCCUUCUCUCAAGUCCACUGGGACUUGCAACUCCAUAUCAUGGAGACCACACUGCCUCUUCUGCGGUGGAUGUCCCUUUCAGCCCAACGGUGCUCAAGGCAAAGUCCCGUCGGCGGGAAGUUAUCAUCAAGGACCGGCAAUGCAAUCCGACGGACAAAGGAAUUCGCAAUACGAUUCUUAAUUCCUUGGAAACGCCGCUGGAUAUGUACAUGGGCUACCACGCUCAUGUUGGUGACAGCAACUAUGCUUCUAUGAUCCAGAAGUUUGUCAAGACUAAUAGCAGAAAGUCCAAGGGCGAGAAUGAAAAGUUUGACACCCCAAUUCUCGAAUUUCCUGGGGCUGAGCGCAGCUACCUCAUCCGUCGCGAGCUCGGAGCCGGCGCUUAUGCCCCCGUCUAUCUCGCGGAAAGUGUCGACAGCCUAGAGUCUUACGACUCCGAGUCCGAUAUUACAGACAACAAAGACCGUGAUUCCCAACCUCGAAAAGCAAAUCCGCACGACAGCGCACGAGAUGCAUUCGAAGCCGUCAAGAUCGAGAACGGACCGUCCAGCGCAUGGGAGUUUUACAUGAUCCGGAUGGCACACGAGCGUCUACGGCAGUCGCCGGGUCUCUCACGCGCAGCAGACAGUAUCGUGCGUGCUCAUGAGCUGCAUGUCCAUCAGCGGGAAAGCUUCCUAGUAGAAGACUACCGCGGCCAAGGCACUUUGCUGGACCUGGUCAAUCUUGUCCGCAGCGAGCCCAUCACCCCCAACCACAAUGCGGAAAGCGGCCUCGAGGAGGCCCUAGCCAUGUUCUUCUCCGUCGAGCUCUUCCGCACCGUCGAAGCACUACACGCCAGCGGCAUCCUCCACGGCGACCUGAAAGCGGACAACUGCCUCGUCCGUCUGGACGAGCCCAACCCCAACAACUCCCCUGCCAAAGCACUCUUCCUCCUCGACCUCAACGCCGACGAACAGCCCCUGGAUCCCAGUGACAGCAUUCACUACUCGCCCAGCGGAUCGUACGGCUGGCGAAACAAGGGCCUGGCUCUCAUCGACUUCGGCCGCAGCAUCGACAUGUACGCCUUCUCCCCAGCGGUCCAAUUCAUCGCCGACUGGGAAACAAGCUCACAUGAGUGCAACGAGAUCCGCGAGAUGCGUCCCUGGACCCACCAGAUCGAUCUCUACGGUCUCGCCGGCACAAUCCACGUCCUGCUGUUCGGCAAGUACCUCGAGUCGACGCCCGUGCGGCCCAGCUCCGGCCCCGCAGACGCAGAAGCAAACGCCUCAACAGCUCGCACGUACCGCAUCCGCGAGACCCUCAAGCGCUACUGGGACCGCGAUCUGUGGGCUGACGUCUUCGAUCUGCUUUUAAAUCCUGGUUCGGAGCGCUGGACCCGCAUGGAGCGUGAGGGUGGUGCAAUGCCAUCUUCUUCGCCUUCGACGCCUGUCCUGCCCGUUCUCCAUUCUAUGCGGCAUGUCCGCCAGAAAAUGGAGAAGUGGCUCGUCGCAAACGCGGAGAAGAAAGGCCUUGCGAGUCAGCUGCGCAAGAUCGAGGCCCUUCUUGCUGAGCGGAAGAAGAAACUUGAGCGGUGA